AUGCCACUACUGAUGCGAAGGCCACUACUACAUUACUCCGCCAUCUUCAGAUAUGGCGCAGCUCUCAGGCACAAAACCUUCGCUCUUCCAUUUUUACACCAACGAAGUUUCACUUAUGUUUCCAGUGAUGAGUCCGACCUUGAAUCUGACUCUUCUCACUCUCAAUCGCAACCGGUCAAUCGUCCGCUGAGAGGAUGCUUAGAAAAGUCCCGAACUUUGGAUGAAUCGCUUCUUCACUUCAACGAGCUAGACCCAUCUUUGAAAAGUAGGCGAAUUUGUAAAGAGUUGUUGAUGGGUUUGCUCAAAUCGGGUCGUACUGAUGAUGCCCGCCACGUGCUCGAUCAAAUGCUUGAACCGGAUUCUGUGUUUCCUCCUGAUCAUUUCGUUGGUGAAGUUGUUUUUGGUGAGUUGGUGAAGAGGGACCGCCCUGGAAAAGGCUUUGCUGAUGAGGAAAUUGUGGGGUUGGUUACUAAGCUUGGUGAGUGUGGAGUUUUCCCGGAUACGUUUAAGCUUACUCAGAUGAUAUCCAAGCUGUGUGGGAAAUGGAAGAACUCUGCUGCAUGGGAACUUUUGCAUGCUGUGAUGAAAUUGGGUGGUACAGUUGAAGCUGCAUCUUGCAAUGCCUUGUUAUCGGGGCUUGGAAGGGAAAGAGAUAUUCCGAAGAUGAAUAGACUGUUGGCAGAGAUGGAAGAAAGGAAAAUACAUCCUAGUGUCAUAACCUAUGGGAUUCUUAUUAAUCAUUUGUGCAAGAGUAGGAGGAUUGAUGAGGCACUGCAGGUGUUUGAUAAAUUGAGAUGUAAAGGAGGAAAGAAUCGGAUUGGUGUUGAACCUGAUGUGGUCUUGUAUAAUAAUCUGAUUAAUGGACUUUGUAAAGUUGGGAGGGAAGAAGACGGUUUGAGUUUGUUGGAAGAGAUGAAAACUGAGAAGAAAAAUAUGCCAAAUACUGUUACAUAUAAUUGCUUGAUUGAUGGGUUCUGCAAAGCUGGCAACAUUGAUAAAGCACGCCAGCUAUUCAAUCUGAUGAAUGAGGAACAAGUACAGCCAAAUGUGGUCACCCUCAAUACAUUGGUUGACGGUAUGUGCAAAGUCCGAAGAGUCUAUAGUGCAGUUGAGUUUUUCAACGAGAUGAAAGGCAAGGGCCUGAAAGGAAAUGCUGUUACUUACACUGUGCUGAUAUCUGCCUUCUGUGGUGUGAACAAUAUUGAUAAAGCCAUGCAAUAUUUUGAUGAGAUGUUGAGUUCUGGAUGCUCACCGGAUGCAAUUGUUUACUAUAGUUUGAUAUCUGGUUUAACCAUUGCUGGUAGGAUGGAUGAUGCCAGUGUUGUUGUGUCACAGUUGAAACGGGCCGGGUUUCGUCUUGAUAGAGCUUGUUACAAUGUUCUCAUCAGUGGAUUCUGCAAAAAGAAGAAGCUGGAACGAGUUUAUGAAAUGCUCAACGAAAUGGAAGAAACUGGAGUUAAGCCCGAUACCGUCACCUAUAACACUUUGGUUUCUUACCUUGGCAAAGCUGGAGAUUUCGCAACUGCGUCUAAGAUGAUGAAAAAGAUGAUUAAAGAAGGUCUUAAGCCCUCUGUUGUCACAUAUGGGGCAGUUAUACAUGCAUAUUGUUUAAAGAAGAAUAUUGAUGAGGCCAUGAAGAUUUUCGAGGAAAUGUGUUCUGUAUCAACGGUUCCUCCUAACAUUGUGAUAUACAACAUUUUAAUAGACGCUCUUUGCAAAAAUAACGACGUUGAAAAAGCUGUUUCUUUGAUGAAUGACAUGAAAGUAAAGGGGGUUCGCCCUAAUACAACCACAUAUAAUGCUAUUCUGAAGGGGGUUCGGGAUAAGAGAAUGCUGCCCGAGGCAUUUGAACUAAUGGACAGGAUGGUGGAAGAUGCUUGCAGUCCUGACUAUGUAACCAUGGAGAUUCUUACUGAGUGGCUUUCAGCUAUUGGUGAAAUAGAAAAACUGAAACUUUUUGUUGAAGGAUAUCGGGUUUCCUCUAAUCCAUCAUCACUUCAAACUUCAAUAUGUAGUAGGCUUGAACUAAGUCAAAAUGAUUAG